GCAAAACUGAGCAAAACUGGACGCAUGUGAACCGGGCAUAACAAAGUACCAAGUACAGGUACUGCUGGUCUUUGGAAGGGCUCCGAGUUCUAAGUGGCUUCCUUUGCAAGAUAAAGGCAUAGCCCCAGAAUGUCUGGCCAUUGGUGGACUAUUUUCAAUUAAGUGAAAGCGAGCAAAGUUGCGGAACUUCCUCUACGUCUGCAUUGCGUUCCGCGCUGGCGCCUUUGGCCAUUUUAACACUGCUUGAGUUGCCUGUGGUCAAGCAUUUCAAGAGGCGCAGCGAUUGAGGGAGUCACCUCACGAAAUUAGAGCUGUUGACAUUUUAGAAAGAGGUGCUGAUUUGGAGUUGCUUGGGCUUGCAAGAUGGCUGCAGUCACGUCCCAAGCAACUUGCGCACCCCACCUCACUGGACGCCAGCUAGUGCAGAAGGGGCCAUUGAUACAGAACACAGUUUCAAAUCCCUGCGUAAGUAGGUUGAACCUUACUGACAGAAGCACCCUGCGUCGCUCCUCUCUCUCUCCAAAGCACAGCUCAGAAAGUCUCUCGUCUGGCAGCGAAGCUGCAGUAUGUCAAAGGCAAAGCAAAGCUGGCCGCAAAAACGCUCUGAUGGCCUUUGCCAAUGCUGAUAGCCCCUCAAACACUUUCCUCAGACAACGCCUUUCCCUGUCCCCCCGGAAAACCCUUGAAACACGGCCAGGUGGAAACUCGAGAAGGAGACAACGAGGCUCUGUAGCUGUAAGUGUCCUAGGAGGUGGGGGGUCUGACAAUGAUUCAGGGAAGCAACUGGGGAAGGUUCUGGGGUGGGCUACGUGGGGUCUGGUUAUCUGGUCAGCGCUGACCGGGCAGCUUAACUGGUUCUUUGAGGGGCUGACCGCAAUCACGUUGGCCAUCUUCGCGAUUCCGGUCUUUCUUUUCCUGGCGUUCUUGGCCUUCCUGGCAUACGCAAAUUCUAGGCAGAUACAAGGCCCGUGCCCUACUUGCGGAGCGGACCUGUCUUUUGUGCAGAUGGCUGACAACAUGGUGAUUGUGGACUCAGCCAAUCCGAUGCCCAUUCAGAUUCCAAAGAACGACGACCUGUCCUUCGACUGCCCUACCUGCAGAGCUUCCUUGAAAGUUGAGAACAAGAAGAUCGUCCGAGGCCGCCCCUCUUUCGAGUCCGGGGUUGACACAAGCGUGUUCUCCCAAAUGUUCGGCCGCCAAAAUACGCAAGCCAGUGGGAAGAGCAGUGGUCCAAUAGUAGAUAUUGAAGCCGAGGUGCGGGACAAGGACUAGGAACGUAAGCCACGUUGCGGCCUCAAUUUUGUCCUCGUGUUGUGUUUGGCCGAUUCAAUCGAAAAAUUCUGCAAGUUAGGUUUUGUCUAAAACAAGGGGCGGAAUGCUUGGCAGCAUUCUAGAUCAAGCUGAGGGAUUUGUGACUCGAGGUCGAGCAGGCAAAACGAAAUGGUUUCUCUUGUUUACACAUACUAUUAUGCAUGUGCACCGCUAGGCUCGACGGUUG